CAGCAGCCGUCCAGCCACACUCCCGCCAUGCACAAGUUCAUCGUCCUCGCCGCCGUGCUGGCCGUGGCUAAGGCCGGCUACCUGGGCGCCCCCGCCGUGGCUGCCUACGGCGCACCCGCCUACAGCUACGGUGGCUACGCCGCCCCCGCGCUGGCCCCCGCCGCCAUCACCUCCCAGCACUCCAACAUCCUGAGGACGCCCGGAAACCUGGGACAGGUGUCCACCUACUCCAAGACCAUCGACACGCCCUACUCCAGCGUCUCCAAGUCCGACGUGCGCGUCAGCAACCCCGGUGUGGCCUACGGCGCCGCCUACCACGCGCCCAUAGCCUCAUACGGAGCGUACGCCGCCCCCGCCCUGGCCGCCCGCGCCUACGCCCCCGCUGCCUACGCCGCCCCCGCUCUGGCCGCCCACGCCGUCGCCCCCGCUGGUCUCCUGGGCGUGGCUUACUCCGCCGCCCCCGUCGUCUCCCACGUGUCUGUUGCUGGUCUGGGCGCCGCCUACGGCUGGUAGAAGUGAAGACAACACACACGACGCAGAUUUUAUCUGCAAUUUUUUUAUUUAUAUUUAUUACAAGCAAAUAAAAUUUUAACUU